CGAUGAUAUGUAUAAUGAAUGAUUUUCUCCCCCCAGGUGUGAGUCACUCUGAGCUGUGUGUUUGUGUUCUGGGCUCCCCCCUCCCCUACCUGUCUCUGCUGCUGGAGGCUGGACAAAGAAGUCCAGGAGACGCCCUGCUGUGUCUGUCUCCCUCCUGGCUCUCCCAUGCAUCCUCCUCCCUCCUGGUCCACAAGGCUGUCACCUUUGACCUCGGGGGACGCACCUUCCUCUCUACCUUCAACCCUCCGCGCAAGGUCACAUACUUCCUGUCAUGUGACCCGUGGGCGGAGGAGGAUAUGACCCGGGAGACGGACUGCCCGUCCGGAGGUUCAGGAACCCUGGGGAGGUGCUGGAGAGAUGUCCUGGUUACCAGGGUUCUGCUGCAGAAGGCCAACAUCAUGUGCCCACCUACCCUGGCCCUCCUGAUACCCCCUGGGCAGAUGGGCAUAGAGGAGGGCAGAACGGGGGGGGGGGGGGUGGAGGUGGUACACCUGAAAAUGGGAGUGGAAGAGGUGAACUCUGUCAGGAACAAGGUGGAGUCCUUCCUGGAGUCUGACGGUUUGAUGCAGUCAGACAGAGUGGUCCUUCGAUGCAGCGGAGGCAGGUUUGCCUGUGAUGCAGAAGGUUCGGCUGCACCCCCUGUCUUCCUGUCUAGGAGCUCCAGGGAGGAGGUGCUGGCCCGUGUUGGCCAGCUGCUGCCCCAGCUGCUCCCUGGAGAGGCUGUGCUGCUGGAGGCCUGCAUCCCCCCUCUGAAGCCUGGGUUUCGAGUUGAGGGCCGGACCUGGGAGCAGUACACCGGUAAGGGCUUAGGAAGGACGGGGGAUGCGGAGGUUGUGGGGGAGUUUGGGUGUCAAGCAUGGACUUCACCAGACCCAUGGACCACCCAACCUGGGGAGGCAGAGCCAGGACCUGGGGCGGUCAGGUUCCCCGCCGUGCUGAAGUUGGAGUACGGAGCCGGGGCGGUGGGCGUCAGGAAGGUAAACUCCCGGGCGGAGAGCCUGGCUCACUUUGAGCGCAUCGCCGGGGACCUGCGGGAGGAGACGGACUAUCCCGGCAUCGGGCUGGGCUGGGGCAACGCCAUGACCCUGAUGGAGUACGUGGGAGGCACGGAGCACGACGUGGACGUGCUCCUGUUCGACGGCUGCCUGGAGGGGGCCUUCGUGUCCGACAACGGCCCCACCCGGGCGCCCCUCUUCACGGAAACGGCCGCCCAGAUGCCCUCGGGCCUGGCCCCGGACAAGUGCGCGCAGCUGAUCCGCGCUGCGCACCACGCCUGCCUGGGCUGCGGCCUGCGCGAUGGGGUCUACAACGUGGAGCUGAAGAUGACAGAGCGCGGCCCGCGCCUCAUCGAGAUCAACGCCUGCAUGGCGGGCUACUACCUCCGCGAAUGGAUACGGCAGCUAUACGCCGUUGACAUCCUCCUCGCCUCCUUCAUGGUGGCCUGCGGCCUGCGCCCCCGGCUGCCCUCGGCCACAGGGCUCCCGGCGCGGGGCCACUACGCUGGGGUGAUGUGCGUUGUGUCCCCGCACCUCCAGGCGCUGCGAGGCACGGCCAGCCCCGAGCGCCUGCGCCGGCUCCACCAGGAGGGGGCGCUGUGCCUCAAAGAGCUUGCUACCGAGGACGAGCUCAUCUCCGGAGAGUACAAGGAUCCGUUCUGUAACGUCGGGGUGAGAGACGACCACAGCGCCGCCCACGCUCGCCAACGUCUGCUGGCCCUGUGCCAGGGACUGGGGCUCCACUGCCCCCCCCACUACGACCUGGCCUACUUCCUCUCCCAGUUCAACUAACGAGAGGGGGCGAACGGAGGUGGAAGCCGUGGUAGCGAAAGAAAGAAUGUCACCUGCAAGAAGAGUGACGAUAAAGCUUUUUCAACGUUGAAUCUUUGAAAUCAGGGAGAUUUGUGUUGUGGUUUCGUAAUGGGUACAGUCCAUUUUUGUAGAGAUUUGUCACGAUUGUUUUAUUUGAUUAAUGUAAAUGGAAUGUGAGGGCUAUUUGAUCGUGGCGUGGGCGUGGGGAAAUUGGGGGCUAGGACUCUUGUGGCACCCAAGCAGAUUAAUAUCUGGGCCCAGCAGAGAUUUCUCACAGAAACUCAGGGACCAUCACUGGAAUGAAAACUGAUUUGUUCUGCAACUUUUAAAUGAUCAUCAGAGAUAAAUGAAUGGGAAGUGGUUCUGUCAGGACGCUAUUAAAAGUAGGUUGUUAAAAAUUCUACGAGUGGUUAGGUGAUUUAUUGUGCUGAAUAUGUAGAUCAGGUAGUGUAAAAGUAUAAAUCAAGCCGAAGAGUUUUUAUUGUUACCAUUAGCACAUGGCACAGCACAGCUUGGCCGGGGUGGAGAGGUGCAGUGAGGAAUUAUCUUACACUUACAAUAUGUCAGAGGGCCAUAAAAGUUACACUCUGGAAGAGAGGACCGAAGAUGAUUUCAGAGGGGUUAGGGGUAGAGGGUGGAACAGGUGGAUAAGGCUGUCCAGAAACAUUAAUAUCCUGCCAUUUUGGUCCUGUCUGCCAGGCAGAUAGCAAUUACAGUGGAAAGUUCAUGCCUGAGUUAACACCAUUACAGCCCCCCAGCCCCAACCUCCAACUCCACCAUUUGAAACAAAACAAAAUGAUUUCCCCAUGUGAAUGAACAUGGUACUAGUGGUGCUUGUGUGUUUCUAGAUGGAGAGGUACAGUGUAAGAGUGGACCUUAUUCACAUACCAGAGCCCAGUCUGACCCUGGAGUGAGAUGUCAUCUUGGGGCCAGCAUCUGAGAUCUGGCAUUUGGGGUCCGGUGUCAGGGUGUGGGAGAUGGAACUGGGUGAAACUGAGAGCCUGCUCCACAUGGCUUUAUCAACCCCGAUGACCCUGAGUGUUGAGUAGGCAAAACCUG